AUGUUUCAAUAUAUAAAAGCUACUCAAAGAAAUAGAUUAACUAAUUCAUUAUUCAGUUCUACAUUUGCUAUAUGUGUACUUUUAGUAGGGGCUAAUUCAGCAAUUCCUUGUCCUGUGGAUAGUAAUUAUAGUAAUGAUUCGAAUGAGAAAUUACAACAGCAACAUAAAAAAUUCAUACAACAAAAACAAAAUAUACACCAGAGUAAUAAGGAGAACGAAAUAUAG